AUGAAGAGAAUCGGCAAAAAUAAGCAAGCUUUUGGAGUAAGAAGAAAAGAAACAAUGAUCGACAAACUGCACGAAGAUUGCCUCAUAUCCAUAUUCCAGAAGUUGGACUUCAUUGAUCGCGUACGUCUUGAGGUCGUGUGUCAUAAAUGGUUCGAAAUACUACAGAAGCAAGCAACUUAUGCGAACAUUAAAGAAUUGAAUAUGGCUGAUUUUUUAGUAAAUAAUUCCAGUGGAUACUUUCAGCAGGAAUUCAUCUCAUUCGCACCAACGGUUAUUGGAGUGGUAAAACGUUGCGGACGUUACGUUCGGAUGAUCAGUUUUGGUCAACGAUGGCUUAAAAUCUCACAGCCUAUUAUUGACGCUAUUGCCGAUUAUUGCACUCGUCUAACAGAACUUGAUCUUGGCUGCAUUAUUUUGGAUGCUGAUAUAUCCAUCUUAUUGGAGAAGACUGGCGAGAAUUUGGAAAUAUUUUCAUUGGAAGAGACUAGCUGGGUGAAUAAAGAUGAUGGCGAUAAGGUGCAAGAUUUCUUUCAGCGAAUGAAAAGACUGAAUAAAAUCAAUCUCAGACGAGCUUCAUUUAAAUUGAACAGACUUCACGAACUUCCUUCCUGCCUCAAAAGCAUUGAGAUCAGUGGAGCGAAUUCACUUCCAGCCGAAAUCUUAAAUGUAUUUCUCGCCCUACAUCCAAACCUGACUGAACUAGAAUUAAGUCCAUUAUCAGUAACAGAUGAUAUGACUUUAUCAUAUAUCAGUGGCCUACCAGCACUACAAUCUCUCCACAUAGGAUAUAUACAAAAAGAAGCUCAAGUUCUUCCAAUGGAACCCUUAGCAUUUUGCAGUACUAUUCAAAACCUACACAUUCAGAACUGCACUGCUUUGACAGGGCAAAGUUUACGACUAAUACUAGAAGGACUGGUGAAUUUGCGAUCACUGACAGUUAUGAGUUGCUCAAAAGUGUUUGAUUAUUCUUCGUUAUCACAAUGCCGUUUGCUAGAUUCGUUAAGUAUCGGAUACUCGCCCCAUCUCUCUGAUGAGGAACUAAUUCCACUAGCUGCACACAAGAGGCUACGCUCACUGACACUCAACAAGUGCUUCAAUAUCACCAACAGCUCCGUACUAACUAUAAUCAGAGAAUGCACACUGAAUAAUAUUGCACUCAUCAACUGCGAUGGAAUAACAGAUGAAGUGCUUUACUCUUUAGCAUCAAUUCAGUAUGUCAUUGAAACGAUUUCUGUACAAGGAUGUGCUUGCAUUACCAGCAAAGGUGUAGCAGUUCUUGCACUAAUGAAAAAUAUUACAAAACUACGAGAGCUCGAUAUUAGCUAUAAUAGAAACAUUGAUGAUAUGGCGAUACUAUCAAUUCAUAACGGACUUAAACUAAAAAAAAGAGAAAAUGAACAAAACUGUGCAAAUGGAGACAAGGAAAACGAGAUACAACAAUCUCAUACUUCCAAUGACCUAUUGACAAUUUACAUAUUCAAAACAAGCGUUUCGUUCCGGAUUGAGUCUCACGUGAGUGAUUUGAUCAAUUUAUCAAAUUAA